CGCCUUGGUCUCCGCUGGAGCGGGUUGAGGCUGUCGUGAUCCGUAGAUGGCCCAUGUUUGAAACAUUUCGGCUAUUUUCUGACAGCUUAUCAGUGUUUUCCGCCGGCCCGUCAGUCUGAGCUCGGGCGGGGCGACGGAGCGCCGCUGCCAUGACGGACUCGGCCGACGACAGUCGCGGCGAGAUGGCCGCCGAUGACGCCGUCGCGCUGGCCGACGUCGGGCUCGUGUGUGAACAUGUGCGCCGCGCCGCCGGCGUCCUCCUGGAGGAGGCGCCGACGCUGCCGCGUGCGCUGCAGCAGGCGCUCGACGAUCGUCUGAAUGUGGAGUGUAUCAAGAAGUUUAUAUCCGACCCGCAGACGCGCUCUCUGCUCAUCGAGCGCGUCUCUUCUAAAGAUGCUGACGAGGAGUCCGAGGGCCAGGAGGAGGAUGAGAGGGAGCUGGUGCAGUACCUCAUCUCCAAUCAGGUCCACUUCACCAAUGCCAAGAUGAACAGCCUGGUGCUGGUGAAGCGUGGCGCCGUGCUGGAGGCCGAGAAGCCACUCACCUCCCAGCUGCUGAUGACUACGCUGAACGAGGGGUCGCCGUACGAGACGCUGCACACGCUCAUCAGUAGCGCCGUCUCGCCGUUCUUCAAGUCGUACGUCAAGGAGUCCGGCAAGGGCGACAGGGACGGCGACAAGAUGGCGCCGGCGGUGGAGAAGAAGAUUGCCGAGCUGGAGAUGGGCCUUCUGCAUCUGCAACAGAACAUCGACAUCCCCGAGAUCACCCUGCAGGUCCACCCCGCUGUGGCUCAGGUGAUCAAGAAAUGCGCCGACGAGGGCCGGAAACCGCAGGUGGCGGACUUUGGUGAGAAGCUGGACGACUCGAGCUUCUUCAACCAGCUGCAAAACGGCGUCAACCGCUGGAUCAGGGAGAUACAGAAGGUGACCCGUCUGGACCGCGACCCGGCCUCGGGCACAGCGCUGCAGGAGAUCAGCUUCUGGCUGAACCUGGAGCGGGCCCUGCUGCGCAUUCAGGAGAAGCGCGACAGCCUGGAGGUGGCGCUCACGCUGGACGUGCUCCGGCACGGAAAACGCUUCCACGCCACCAUCAGCUUUGACGCCGACACCGGUCUGAAGCAGGCGCUGGCCACCGUCAACGACUACAACCCGCUGAUGAAGGACUUCCCUCUGAACGAGCUGCUCGCCUCCACUGAGCUGGACCGACUGCGCACGGCUCUGCGCAAUGUGUUCCACCACCUGCGCAAGAUCCGCAACACCAAGUACCCGCUGGUGCGCGCGCUGCGAUUGGUGGAGGCCAUCUCCCGCGACCUGAUGAACCAACUGCUCAAGAUCCUGGGCACCCGGCGCAUGAUGCAGGUGAACUUUGACGAGUUCGAGAAGCUGAUGGCGCAGUGUUUCGAGGUGUUCACCUGUUGGGACGACGAGUACGACAAACUGCAGGGGCUACUUCGCGACCUGAUGAAGAAAAAGCAGGAGCACAUGAAGAUGACGUGGCGCGUGCAGCCGUCCCACAAACGUCUCCAGGCGCGCAUGGAGCAGAUGCGCAAGUUCCGCCGCCAGCACGAGCAGCUGCGGACGGUCAUUGUGCGGGUGCUCCGUCCGGCCGUGCAGCGCCCCUCGGCGGCCGACCAGGCGGCGGUUACGGCCGGCGCCGGGACUGGAGAGCCCCAGCCGCAGCCCAUGUCACUAGACGCAGCUGACGCCAACGCCAUCGAGGAGGUACAGCUGGCUUACGAGCAGGUGAAGGACGUGGACUCCCUGGACAUCGGUAAGGAGGGCAGCGAGGCGUGGGAGGCGGCGCUGCGCCGGUACGACGAGCGCAUUGACCGCGUGGAGGCGCGCAUCACCGCCCGGCUUCGAGACCAGCUGGGCACCGCCAAAAACGCCAACGAGAUGUUCCGUAUCUUUUCACGGUUCAAUGCGCUGUUCGUGCGUCCGCACAUCCGCGGCGCGAUCCGAGAGUACCAGACACAGCUCAUCACGCGCGUCAAAGAGGACAUCGAGUCGCUCCAUGAGAAGUUCAAGGUCCAGUACCCACACAGCAAGGCGUGCCGCAUGAGCCAGGUGCGAGAUAUCCCGCCCGUGUCCGGGUCCAUUCUGUGGGCCAAACAGAUCGACCGCCAGCUCGGCACCUACAUGAAACGCGUCGAAGAUGUGCUCGGCAAGGGCUGGGAGAACCACGUCGAAGGACAGAAGCUGAAGGGCGACAGCGACAGCUUCCGCGUCAAGCUGAACACGGCCGAGAUUUUCGAGGACUGGGCCAAGAAGGUGCAGGCGCGCAACCUGGGCGUGUCGGGCCGCAUCUUCACGAUCGAGACGCAGCGCAGUCGCUCCGGGAAGGGCAACCUGCUCAAGCUGAAGGUCAACUUCCUGCCGGAGAUCAUCACACUCAGCAAGGAGGUGCGCAACCUCAAGUGUCUCGGUUUCCGCGUGCCACUGGCCAUCGUCAACAAGGCGCACACGGCCAACCAGCUGUAUCCGUUCGCCAUCUCGCUCAUCGAGAGCGUGAGGACCUACGAACGGACCCUGGAGAAGAUGGACGACCGUCCGAGCGUGCAGCUGCUGGUGGCCGGCCUGCGGCGAGACGCCCAGUCUCUGAUCGCAGAGGGCACCCAGCUGGUCUGGGAGUCCUACAAGCUGGACCCGUACGUGCAGCGCUUCGCCGACGCCACCUUCAACUUCCAGGAGAUGGUGGACGACCUGCUGGUCAUCCAGGACCAGAUCGACAUGGACAUCAGACUGCUGGAGUCGUGUCCGUACUCGCAUGCCACGUUCGCCGACAUCCUGAACAAGAUCCAGAAGGCCAUCGACGACCUCAGUCUGCACCAGUACAGCAACCUGGGCACCUGGGUCUCCCGGCUCGACGAGGCCAUCGAGGAGCGACUCGCCAGCAGACUGCAGGCGGGCAUCAAGGCGUGGACGGCGGCGCUGGAGGGCAAAAAGGAGGACGUCGACACGAGCAUGGACACGGAGCCCGUGGUACCCGUCAGCAAACCGGGCGGCGAGCCGGUGAUCACGGAGAUCGUCCACGAGCUGCGCAUCACGUACAACAACCUGCACCUGUACCCGGCCGUACAGGAGGCGCGCAGCCAGAUGCUGCAGCAGAUGUUCGCCUGGCAAAACAUCAUCAUCACUCUGAGCCGCAUCCAGUCCAGCCGAUACCAGGUGGGAGUGACCAAGAGUGACGCUCCGACCAGCUACAAGGGCCUGCUGAAGAAGAUGCCAGAUUUCAAGGCGGUCACCUCGGCCGCCUACGAGGCAAUGGAGAACAUCUUCAAACAGAUCAACAGCUACGUGGGCGAGUGGCUGUCGUACCAGAAGCUGUGGGAUCUGAACAGUGACCUCAUCUUCGGUCGGCUGGGUGACGACAUCGGGGCCUGGAUGGCCUGCGCCGAGGAGAUGAAAAAGCGCCGGGCCACGUUCGACACCUCGGAGACUCGCCGCUCGUUCGGCCCGGUCAUCAUCGACUACGGCAAGGUGCAGAGCAAGGUGUCGCUGAAGUACGACGCCAUCCACAAGGACGUGCUCAGCAAGUUCGGCUCGCUGCUCGGCGGACACAUGAGCAAGUUCCACGCCACUGUCUCCAAGUCUCGCGGCGACAUGGAGCUGCAGAGUAUCGACGCGGCCAGCACGUCCGACGCCGUCACCUUCAUCACCUACGUGCAGUCGCUGAAGCGCCAGAUGAAACAGUGGGAGAAGGAGGUGGAGAUGUACAAGGACGGCCAGCGGAUCCUGGAGAGGCACCGCUACCAGUUCCCGCAGAACUGGCUCCACGUGGACAACAUCGAGGGCGAGUGGGGCGCCUUCAACGAGAUCAUCAAGCGCAAGGACUCGAGCAUCCAGGCGCAGGUGGCCAGCCUGCAGAUGAAGAUUGUGGCCGAGGACAAGGUGGUCGAGACGCGCACCAACGACUAUCUCAAUGAGUGGGAGAAGCAGAAGCCGGUGGAGGGCCACCUGAAGCCGGCGGACGCGCUGCAGCAGCUGCAGCUGUCCGAGGCGCGACUGCAGCGACUGAAGGAGGAGCGGGACAACGUGAGCCGCGCCAAGGAAGCGCUCGAGCUCGGCGACGUGGUGGCCUCAGCCGCCGACGACCGGCUCGCCGUGGCGUUCGAGGAGCUGCACGACCUCAAGGGCGUGUGGUCGGAGCUGAGCAAGAUCUGGGAGCAGCUGGACGAGAUGAAGGAGAAGCCGUGGCUGAGCGUGCAGCCCAGGAAGCUGCGCCAGCAGCUGGACGCACUGCUCACGCAGUUGAAGGAGCUGCCCACACGGCUGAGGCAGUACAGCAGCUACGAGUACGUCAAGAAGGUGCUCCAGGGAUACGCCAAGGUGAACAUGUUGAUCGUGGAGCUGAAGUCGGACGCGCUGAAGGAGCGGCACUGGAAGCAGCUGCAGCGCCAGCUGAGGGUGCGCUGGGUGCUCUCGGAGCUCACCCUGGGUCAGGUCUGGGACGUGGACCUGCUGAAAAACGAACACGUCGUCAAGGAUGUGAUCCUGGUGGCCCAGGGAGAGAUGGCCCUGGAGGAGUUCCUCAAGCAGGUGCGCGACUGCUGGCAGACGUACCAGUUGGAGCUCAUCAACUACCAGAACAAGUGCAAGCUGAUCCGCGGCUGGGACGACCUCUUCACCAAGGUCAAGGAGCACAUCAACUCGCUCGCCGCCAUGAAACUGUCGCCCUACUACAAGGUGUUUGAGGAGGACGCCGUGUCGUGGGAGGAGAAGCUGAACCGCGUGGACGCCACGUUCGACGUCUGGAUCGUGGUGCAGCGCCGCUGGGUCUACCUGGAAGGCAUCUUCUCCGGCAGCUCCGACAUCAAGACGCUGCUGCCCGUCGAGACGUCGCGCUUCGCCAGCAUCAGCACCGAGUUCCUGACUCUGAUGAAGAAGGUGUCCAAGUCGCCGAUGGUACUGGACGUGCUCAACAUCCAGGGUGUGAUGCGCUCACUGGAGCGGCUGGCCGACCUGCUGGGGAAGAUCCAGAAGGCGCUCGGAGAGUACCUGGAGAGGGAGCGCUCCAGCUUCCCCAGGUUCUACUUUGUGGGUGACGAGGACCUGCUGGAGAUCAUCGGCAACAGCAAGAACAUCCCGCGUCUGCAGAAGCACUUCAAGAAGAUGUUCGCCGGCAUCGCGGCGAUCCUGCUGAACGAGGAGAACACGGAGAUCCGCGGCGUGGCCUCCAAGGAGGGAGAGGAGCUGAUCUUCGAGAAGCCGAUUGUGAUCGCCGACCACCCCAAGAUCAACGAGUGGCUGAGCGCCGUGGAGCGGCACAUGAUGAACACACUGGCCACCGGUCUGGGCAGGGCCAUCGUCGGACUGCGCGCCUGGAUGACCGAGAAGGGAUCCACCGGAGCCUUCAUGGAGUGGUGCGACCAGUACCAGGCCCAGCUGGUGGUGCUGGCCGUGCAGAUCUGGUGGACCGAGGAGCUGGAGGCGGCGCUGGGCGGCGGAUCUCCCUCCACUGCCCUGCCCGCCGUCCUGCAGCGCGUCGAGGAGAUGCUGGCCAUGCUGGCCGACUCGGUGCUGCAGGACCAGCCGCCGCUGCGGCGCGUCAAACUCGAACACCUCAUCAACGAGUUCGUACACAAACGAACAGUGACUCGUGCGCUCGUCAAAAGCAAGGUGGACUCUCCCAAGUCGUUCGAAUGGCUGCGCUGUAUGCGCUGCUACUGGGACGGCAAGCAGCCCGACCCGCUGCGACAGCUCAGCAUCCACAUGGCCAACGCGCGCUUCCAGUACGGCUUCGAGUACCUCGGUGUGCAGGAGCGACUCGUCCAGACGCCCCUCACGGACCGCUGCUACCUGACUAUGGCGCAGGCCCUCGAGGCCAAGCUGGGCGGGUCGCCCUUCGGUCCGGCCGGUACGGGAAAGACUGAGUCGGUGAAGGCGCUCGGAAACCAGCUGGGCAAAUUCGUGCUCGUCUUCAACUGCGACGAGAACUUUGACGUGCAGGCGAUGGGUCGCAUCCUGCUCGGUCUCUGCCAGGUGGGCGCCUGGGGCUGUUUCGACGAGUUCAACCGUCUGGAGGAGCGCAUGCUGUCGGCGGUGUCGCAGCAGAUUCAGACCAUCCAGGAGGCGCUCAAGGCGCAGGAAGAGUCCAAGGACAAAGCGGUGCAGUCGAUCGAGCUGGUGGGCCGUCAGACCACCGUCAACCCCCAGAUCGCCAUCUUCAUCACAAUGAACCCCGGCUAUGCGGGCCGCUCCAACCUGCCCGACAACCUGAAGAAGCUGUUCAGGUCGCUGGCCAUGACGCGGCCCGACCUCGGUCUGAUUGCUGAGGUCACCCUCUUCUCGCAGGGCUACCGGACGGCCGAGCGACUCGCCAACAAAAUCGUGCCCUUCUUCAGGCUGUGCGACGAGCAGCUGUCACGUCAGAAGCACUACGACUUCAGCCUCCGUGCGCUGAAGUCUGUCCUGGGCAGCGCGGGUACCGUGAAGCGCGACCGUAUCACGUUCAUCAAGAAGAACCUGGCGGCGGCCAACCAGCCGGUGGAUGAGGCCAACAUCGCCGAGAACCUGCCCGAGCAGGAGAUCCUGAUCCAGUCGGUGUGUGAGACGAUGGUGCCCAAGCUGGUGGCCGAGGACAUCCCGCUGCUGUUUUCGCUGCUCUCGGACGUCUUCCCCGGCAUCGAGUACCAGCGCGCAGAUAUGGGAGAGCUCAAAAAACACAUCAGACAGGUGUGCGCCGAACAUUACCUGUCGUUCGGAGAGGGAGAGGAGGCCGGCGCCGGAUGGGUGGAAAAGCAGGCGUAUGCCGGCGAAACAUGGCUGGACAAGGUGUUGCAGCUGUACCAGAUCACCCAGCUGCACCACGGCCUGAUGAUGGUUGGACCCAGCGGCAGCGGAAAAUCCUGCGCCUGGCGCGUACUUCUCAAGGCUCUGGAGCGACUGGAGGGUGUCGAGGGCGUGGCUCACGUCAUCGAUCCCAAGGCCAUCUCCAAGGAGGCGCUGUACGGUGUGCUCGACCCCAACACGCGAGAGUGGAACGAUGGUCUUUUCACGCACACCCUCAGGAAAAUCAUCGACAACGUGCGCGGCGAGCUGGACAAACGUCAGUGGAUCAUCUUUGACGGCGACGUGGACCCGGAGUGGGUGGAGAACCUCAACAGUCUGCUGGACAACACCAAGCUACUGACGCUGCCCAACGGCGAGCGGCUCUCCAUCCCGCCCAACGUCCGCAUCAUGUUCGAGGUCCAGGACCUGCAGUACGCCACGCCGGCCACCGUGUCGCGCUGCGGCAUGGUCUGGUUCUCUGAGGACGUUCUCACCACGGAGAUGAUCUUCGAGAACUACCUGUCACGUCUGCGGCACGUGCCCCUGGAGGAGGGGGAGGAGGAGCGGCGCGCGGCCGCCGUGGCCGCCAGUGAGAAGGAGGACGCCGUCAGCCCGGCGCUGCAGCUGCAGCGCGAGGUGGCCACCCUGCUGCAGCAGCACCUCACCUCAGACGGACUGGUCGUCAAGUGCCUCGAGUUCGCGCGCGGUCUCGAGCACGUGAUGGACUUCACUCGUCUGCGGGCUCUCUCCUCACUGUUCUCAAUGCUGAACCAGUCGUGCCGUAACCUGCUGCAGUACAACGCGCAGCACCCGGACUUCCCGCUGACUCCCGACCAACUGGAGGCGUAUGUGCCACGCUCGCUGGUGCACGCGCUCCUCUGGAGCUUCGCCGGAGACGGGAAGCUGAAGACGCGCGACCAGCUGGGCGAGUUUAUCCGCGGCAGCACGACCAUCCCGCUGCCGGCGGGCACGGGCAGCAUCAUCGACUACGAGAUCACGGUGCAGGGCGACUGGACGCCCUGGUCGGCCCGGGUGCCGCAGAUCGAGGUGGAGACGCACAUGGUGGCGGCGCCCGACCUGGUCAUCCCCACGGUGGACACGGUUCGACACGAGGCGCUACUCUACACCUGGCUGGCAGAGCACAAACCGCUGGUGCUGUGCGGCCCGCCCGGCUCCGGUAAGACGAUGACGCUGUUCUCGGCUCUGCGCGCGCUGCCCGAUCUGGAGGUGGUGGGUCUCAACUUCUCCUCAGCCACCACACCCGAGCUGCUCCUGAAGACGUUCGAUCACUACUGCGAGUACAGGAAGACGCCCAACGGCGUCGUCCUGUCGCCCAUCCUUCUCGGCAAGUGGCUGGUGGUGUUCUGUGACGAGAUUAACCUGCCAGAUAUGGAUCAGUACGGCACCCAGCGCGUCAUCAGCUUCCUCAGGCAGAUGGUGGAGCACGGCGGCUUCUACCGCACCUCCGACCAGACCUGGAUCAGACUGGAAAGGAUCCAGUUUGUGGGCGCGUGUAACCCGCCGACGGACCCGGGACGGAAGCCGCUCUCCCACCGACUGCUGCGCCACGUACCGGUCGUGUACGUCGACUACCCCGGAGAGACGUCACUCAAACAGAUCUACGGCACGUUCAACCGGGCCAUGCUGCGGAUGCAGCCGGCACUGAAGACGUACGCCGAGCCUCUCACAUCUGCCAUGGUCGAGUUCUACCUGCGCUCCCAGCAGCGGUUCACGCAGGAUAUGCAGCCGCACUACGUCUACUCACCGCGAGAGAUGACGCGAUGGGUGCGAGGCAUCUGUGAGGCCAUCAGGCCGAUGGAGGCGGCCACCGUGGAGGAUCUGGUCCGACUGUGGGCGCACGAGGCGCUGCGCCUCUUCCAGGACCGACUCGUCCACGACGAGGAGCGGACCUGGACCAACGAGCACGUGGACCAGGUGGCCCUCCGGCACUUCCCCAACAUCAAUAAGGAGGCGGCGCUGAAGCGGCCCAUCCUCUACUCCAACUGGCUCUCCAAGGACUACGUGCCCGUCGACCAGGAGGAGCUCAGGGACUACGUCAAGGCCAGGCUCAAGGUGUUCUACGAGGAGGAGCUGGACGUGCCGCUGGUGCUGUUCAACGAGGUGCUGGAUCACGUGCUGCGCAUCGAUCGGAUCUACCGGCAGCCGCAGGGCCACCUGCUGCUGAUCGGUGUCAGCGGCGCCGGAAAGACCACGCUCUCCAGAUUCGUCGCCUGGAUGAACGGACUGUCCGUGUUCCAGAUCAAGGUGCACAACAAGUACACGGGCGAGGACUUUGACGAGGACCUGCGAACUGUGCUGCGACGCUCGGGCUGUAAGGGUGAGAAGAUCUGCUUCAUCCUGGACGAGAGCAACAUGCUCGACUCGAGCUUCCUGGAGCGGAUGAACACGCUGCUGGCGAACGGCGAGGUGCCCGGACUCUUCGAGGGUGACGAGGCGUCAGCGCUGAUGACCCAGUGCAAGGAGGGCUCGCAGCGAGACGGUCUGAUGCUGGACUCCAACGAGGAGCUCUACAAGUGGUUCACCAGUCAGGUGAUGCGUAACCUGCACGUGGUGUUCACAAUGAACCCGAGCUCGGAGGGUCUGAAGGAUCGGGCGGCCACGUCUCCGGCGCUGUUCAACCGCUGCGUGCUCAACUGGUUCGGUGACUGGAGCAACGGCGCCUUCUUCCAGGUGGGCCGUGAGUUCACGAGCCGCGUGGACCUGGACCGGGCCAACUGGUCACCGCCCGACUACUUCCCCGUGGCGUACGACGAGCUGCCGAACCCGCCCACACACCGUGAUGCCAUCGUGAACGCGUUCGUACACGUGCACCAAUCGCUGCACCGCGCGAACCAGCGACUGGCGAAGCGGGGCCAGCGCACCACCGCCAUCACACCGCGCCACUACCUGGACUUCAUCAACCACUUUGUGAAGUUGUACAACGAGAAGCGGGCCGACUUGGAGGAGCAGCAGCUGCACCUGAACGUCGGACUGAACAAGAUCGCAGAGACCGUGGAACAGGUGGAGGAGAUGCAGAAAUCGCUCGCCGUCAAAUCGCAGGAGCUGCACCAGAAGAACGAGGCUGCCAACCAGAAGCUGAAGCAGAUGGUGCUGGACCAGCAGGAGGCCGAGCGGCAGAAGGUGCACUCGCAGGAGGUGCAGGCGCAGCUCGAGCUGCAGGAGAAGGAGAUUGCCGUCAAACGCGAGAGCGUCGUCUCCGAGCUGGCCGGCGUCGAGCCAGCCGUCAUCGAGGCCCAGAACGCUGUAAAGUCGAUCAAGAAGCAGAACCUGGUGGAGCUGCGUUCCAUGAGCGCCCCGCCGCCAAUGGUACGACUGGCGCUCGAGUCCAUCUGUCUAUUCCUGGGAGAGGAGACGUCGGACUGGAAGGCCAUCCGAGGCAUCCUCAUGAAGGACAGCUUCAUCCCGAGUAUCGUCAACUACAGCACUGAAAACAUCACUGACAGCACCCGGGAUAAGAUGCGUAAGAAGUUCCUCUCCAACCCCGACUACAACUUUGCCAAGAUCAACAACGCGUCGACGGCCUGUGGUCCCAUGGUCAAGUGGGCCAUCGCUCAGAUCAACUACGCCGACAUGCUGAAGCGUGUGGAUCCGCUGAGGAACGAGCUCAAGUCGCUCGAGUCCCAGGCCGACGAGAACAAACACAAGGCUCAGGAGAUCAUCAAGGUGAUAGAGAAACUGGAGCACUCGAUCGCCAGCUACAAGGAGGAGUACGCCGUGCUGAUCGCCCAGGCCCAGGCUAUCAAAACCGACCUGGCCAGCGUUCAGGCCAAGGUGGACCGUUCCAUGGCGCUGCUGAAAUCCCUCAGCAUCGAGCGAGAGCGGUGGCUGGCCACCAGUGAGACAUUCCGCUCACAGAUGCUCACCAUCGUCGGCGACGUGCUCCUCUCUGCCGCCUUCCUGGCGUACGCCGGCUACUUUGACCAGCAGCUCCGACAGAGUCUGUUCAGUAACUGGUGCGCCCACCUGCAGCAGGCCGCUGUGCAGUACAGGCCAGACCUGGCGCGGACCGAAUAUCUGAGUAAUCCGGACGAGAGGCUGCGCUGGCAGGCCAACUCGCUGCCCACGGAUGACCUCUGCACCGAGAACGCCAUCAUGCUGGAGCGCUUCAACCGUUACCCGCUCAUCAUCGACCCGUCGGGCCAAGCCACCGAGUUUAUCAUGAAGGAGUUCGCCGGCAAGAAGAUCACCAAGACCAGCUUCCUGGACGACAGUUUCCGGAAGAACCUGGAGAGCGCGCUGCGCUUCGGUAACCCGCUGCUGGUCCAGGAUGUGGAGAACUACGACCCGAUUCUGAACCCUGUGCUGAACCGCGAGCUGCGCCGGACCGGCGGCCGUGUGCUGGUGACACUCGGUGACCAGGAUAUCGAUCUGUCGCCCACGUUCACCAUCUUCCUGUCGACACGGGACCCGACGGUGGAGUUCCCUGCCGACAUCUGUUCUCGGGUGACGUUCGUCAACUUCACGGUAACCCGCAGCAGUCUGCAGUCGCAGUGUCUGAACCAGGUGCUGAAGGCCGAGCGGCCUGACAUCGACGAGAAACGCUCCGAUCUGCUCAAACUGCAGGGCGAGUUCCAUCUGCGUCUGCGCCACCUGGAGAAGUCGCUACUUCAGGCUCUGAACGAUGCCAAGGGUAAGAUUCUGGACGACGACAGCGUCAUCACCACGCUGGAGACGCUGAAGAAGGAGGCGGCCGAGAUCACUAGCAAGGUGGAGGAGACGGACAAGGUGAUCGCCGAGAUCGACACCGUCUCGCACCAGUAUAUGCCGCUGGCACAGGCGUGCAGCAGCAUCUACUUCAUGCUGGAGUCGUUGCACCAGAUCCACUUCCUGUACCAGUUCUCGCUGCAGUUCUUCCUGGAUGUGUUUAGCUGUGUGCUCACGCCGGCCACCAACCCGGCGCUCGAGGGCAAGACCGACUCGGCCGAGAGACUCAACAUUAUCACACAGGCGCUCUUCUCCGUGUGCUACAACCGGGUGGCCCGCGGCAUGGCCCACCAGCACCGCCUCACCCUGGCGCUCCUACUGGCCCGUAUCCGUCUGCGGGGCGCCACCGGGCCGGCCGGUGACCUAGACGCCGAGUUCGACUUCCUGAUCCGCGGCAAGGAGGGCAUCGUGACGCAGAAGCCGGCCAACCGCACCGGGCUGACUGACGAGCAGGCCGAGAACAUGCUCCGACUGGCGCAGCGACUGCCGGCGUUCUCGGAGCUGGCCGACCACGUGGGCACGGCUCCGUUCCAGGAGUGGCUCCAGGCGGCCACCGCGGAGCUCAGCGUGCCGGCCGUCUGGAAUGAGGAGACGGUCACGGCGCCGGCCGCAGUGGCCAUGCAUCGGCUGCUCAUGAUUCAGACGUUCCGUCCGGACCGGGUGCUGGCCGCCGGCCAUCAGCUGGUGGACGCCGUGUUCGGCGAACGCUUUAUGCCGGACGCCGAGCGUGAGCUCGACCUGGCGCACAUCGUCGAGUCGGAGGUGCGCCCGAGCGCGCCCGUGCUGCUCUGCUCAGUGUCUGGUUACGACGCGUCCGGACGGGUGGACGAUCUGGCUGCAGAGCUCGGCAGGCCGGUGACCAGUAUCGCCAUCGGCUCGGCGGAGGGAUUCAGCCAGGCCGACAAGGCCAUCAACUCGGCCGUCAAGACUGGACGGUGGGUGAUGCUCAAGAACGUUCACUUGGCUGCCUCGUGGCUGGUGCAGCUGGAGAAAAAGCUGCACACCCUGCAGCCCAACGCCAACUUCAGGCUGUUCCUGACGAUGGAAAUCAGUCCCAAGAUCCCGGUGAACCUGCUGCGGGCCGGCCGUAUUCUGGUGUUCGAGCCGCCGCCGGGCAUUCGCGCCAACCUGCUGCGCACAUUCAGCUCGGUGCCGGCGGCGCGGAUGAUGAAGCCUCCCUCAGAGCGGGCGCGCAUCUACUUCCUGCUGGCCUGGUUCCACGCCGUUGUCCAGGAGCGGCUCCGGUACGCGCCGCUCGGAUGGUCCAAGGGAUACGAGUUCAACGAAUCCGACCUGCGCGUGGCCUGCGAUACGCUCGACACCUGGAUAGAGGCUACGGCUAUGGGCCGCACGAACCUGCCGCCGGAGAAGGUGCCCUGGUCGGCGCUGCAGACGCUCCUCUCGCAGUGCAUCUACGGUGGAAAGAUCGACAACGAGUUCGACCAGCGCCUGCUCUCCAGCUUCCUGGACAAGCUGUUCACGCCGGCCAGCUUCGACGCCGAGUUCGCCCUGGUGGCCGGCGCCGGUCCGGACGGGAAGGAUAUCGGCAUGCCGGAGGGUAUUCGUCGCGACCAGUUUCUGCAGUGGGUGGAGCAGCUGUCGGAUCGACAGACGCCCGCCUGGCUCGGACUGCCCAACAACGCUGAAAAGCUGCUGCUGACCACUCGCGGCACAGACAUGGUGGCCUCUCUGCUCCGGAUGCAACUCCUCGAGGAUGACGGCGAGGCGGCCUACGUGGACGAGCGCGAGGCGGAGAAGCGGCAGGCGGACGCGCGGCCGGCCUGGAUGCGCGUGCUGCACAACAGCGGCAGGACUUGGAGUCAGCUGCUGCCCUCUCAGCUGCAGACUCUGCGGCGCACGGUGGACAACAUCCGCGACCCGCUCUACCGCUACUUCGAGCGCGAGGUCAACAUCGGCGCCAAGCUGCUGUCGCUGGUGCAGAACGACAUCCGAGACAUCAUCGCCAUCUGCGAGGGCACCAAGAAGCAGACCAACUACCACCGUACCAUGGUGGCUGAGCUGGUGCGCGGCGUGAUCCCGGCCAGCUGGCGGCAGUACAAGGUGCCCGCCACCACCACAGUCAUCCAGUGGGUGACCGACUUCGCGCAGCGCGUCAAACAGCUGCACACCAUCAGCUCCAGCGUGGCGCAGCAGGGCGCCGGAGCGCUUAAGGCGCAGCAGAUCUGGCUGGGCGGCCUGUUCAACCCGGAGGCGUACGUCACUGCCACGCGCCAGUGCGUGGCUCAGGCCAACAGCUGGUCCCUCGAGGAGCUCCACCUGCGCGUCACCGUCACCGAGGCGGACGCCGCCGUCGAGCCGGGCAGCAUGUCGCUGCGCGGCCUGAAGCUGCAGGGCGCGCUGUGCCGCGACAACCAGCUCCACCUGACGACUACUAUACAGACGGAGCUGCCACAGGUACAGCUGACCUGGGCGCGCGGCGAGACGCGCGACCCGCAGCAGCGCUACAUCACGCUGCCCGUCUACCUGAACGCCACGCGCGCCGAGCUGCUCUUCACGGUCGACCUGCCCGUGGCCGGCCAGCAGUCCGAGCACAGCUUCUACGAGCGCGGCGUGGCACUGGUCGCCUCCACCAACCUCAACUAGUGGCCUUGUCGGGAUGAAACGAACUUCACCCGGGCGGUCUCACCACCGGCGACAAGACACUGGAUAUGACAUACGUAGGCGGACCUACCCAGUUACUGAUAACACUGAUCGCACCUUAUCGGCUUCCACUAGGCUACCUACACUCUUUUAACCCAACUACCAGACUAUAGAUGCCGACUUCGCUACAUGUAUCGCACCUCGGCAAAGUAAACCCGUAUGACUGCACUCGAUUCAAUGUGCGCCUUUGGCACGAAAUGUACGGUCCGGCAGUGUAUCGAAGGUGUUAUUUUGGCGCAUGUUGAAAUGUUUAUCUAAGAUAGUUCUGUCGGUACAUGCUUCCGGUCGUGGUCUUUUAAUGGUUAUUGUGUUGUUAAUGGGUCUAUUGUGCAUCUUGCACUCUAACGAGCAUUAUAUCGGUGUGAGAGUCUCGCUUUUGUCUUUAAGAUGUUCCUGUUCGUAUCCUAGUACCCGAGUCACCGACUUUUGGAUUACUUUAUGUUUCAUUCUGCACAGUCAAUGCUUGGUGAUAUUUCCUUGUGAUUUAACAUAGCAGCUUAUUCUUGAAUAUGUUUCAACGCUAACUUGAGAGACAUUGUAACAAAUAGUAAGAAAAUUAACCUCACUCUCAUUCUAUCUAAAAGUAAAUUCCGGAUUCGAAAUAAAACAAACUUUUUGAGAAGCUUUCGGCAUUGCGCCAUCAUCAGCUCUGGAGUUUUAUUCGCAAACAUUUGAGAAAAUAUGCAUUCGGGCUGAUAGUUUUGUCUGCAGUUAUUUCAUCCAGUACUUCCUUCAUAUUAUAUAACAGUUGGCGGCGCAAGAACAUUUCGUUACACACAUGCAUGUACUUAGAUCGACAUCGACUCUGUCAGGCUCAGGUACAACGAGCACAUCAGAGAUGCUAGAAACAGAAAAGAAGACACUCCCUUUGGCUUCCAUCAAACCAAACAUCCAGAUAUUCAGCUGGGCAGCGACAACAUCUCGAUCCAAAUUUUGCAUGUCUCCAAAGACGGUCCAGACAGAAAGAUUUGGGAAUCAAUAUACAUUCGUGAUCUGAAACCUACCCUUAACACACAAACCUCAUCGUGGUCUUUGAUACGGCGUGGUACCUGAGCCUGACAGACUGAUCGACAUCGAUCGACUGUUUGCAAGGUGUAUGUCCUAUUUGUAUGUUGUAUGUGUUUGUUUGUUUUUUUCGCUGUAUGUUUGUGUGAUGAAUGUAUUUAAGGUGUUUUACUUCACAAUAUCUGGGCCUCCUAUGUGUUCAAAAGAAUCUGUUCAAAAGAAUGAUGCACGAUACGAUACGAGGUUUAUUUGAUGUUAACUUAUACGAUGUUUAUUUGAUACGAUGUCGAUCUAAGUACAUGCAUGUGUGUAACGAAAUGUUCUUGCGCCGCCAACUGUUAUAUAAUAUGAAGGAAGUACUGGAUGAAAUAACUGCAGACAAAACUAUCAGCCCGAAUGCAUAUUUUCUCAAAUGUUUGCGAAUAAAACUCCAGAGCUGAUGAUGGCGCAAUGCCGAAAGCUUCUCAAAAAGUUUGUUUUAUUUCGAAUCCGGAAUUUACUUUUAGAUAGAAUGAGAGUGAGGUUAAUUUUCUUACUAAUAGCAGCUUAUUGUCUCAGUUCAGUGAUUAAAAUGGCUUUCGGUGUGCGGUUGUUUAGAGAGGUUUCUGGCAGUUUUUCUUCUGCAUGAUGGGUCUGAACCCUGCUGAAAUAUCAUUUCCCCAUAUUGCUGGAAAAAUAUACGUUAGAAAUUCGCAGA